CAGUCAGUGGGCGAUAUGGCGCUGGGCAGGCUCGGUAAAUGCUGUCGGUUGUUAUUGUAUGGGUCCUCUAAAAGUACGUUUAAUGGUGCUUUACAGCCAGGCUGGAUUGAAGGCUGCAUAGGAGCUAAAAGACAUCUGUUGUCGGAAGACGUUAUCAGGCUACAAGACUUCCAGCAAAGGAAGCUGGCUGUGGCUCACCAUGUCAGUGGAUCGGAAGGGAAUUAUAUUGAGCUAUUCAGUCAGAAGCUGCAAAGGAAUGAGCUGAUACUGCGUGAUGAGCUGAAGCUUCUCCUUCACCUGUGCCAGUCUGCAGAUGACAUGCAGAUAGCCAGAGAUGCCAUCUAUAGGUAUCAUGCAGAGAACUAUAACUUGUUGUAUGGAGACUUCAAAUUUGGUCCUCUCUUCAUGAGACUAUGCUAUGAGUUGGGUCUGGAGAACAUGGCUUUUGCUACUAUAACCGAUAAGAGUAUGAAAGGAUUUUUCCAUGACACCACCUCCUUUAACAUAGCCAUAGACAUGUUGUUCAUUAAAGGUUCCUAUGAAAAUGCCCUGGAGGUUCUAAGAACCAUGAGGAACCAAGGCAUACCAUUCAACAAAGACACUCUCACAUUAGCAGUUGGUACCUUCUAUAAGCUGAACACAGCAGAGACCUACCGGAUCUGCACUGCUCUGAUAGAAGAACAACAAGCCAGAGGGCAGUUCAUCCCAAGGCAUGCUUACAGCUUUGCUGUAGCACUAGCGCUUCGAAGAAGUGAUCUAGAAAAUGCACAGUCAUUGUUUUCACAAAUCAUGAGCACUGACAGCAGAAUAUGCCAAAAUUUUAAGGUUCUAAUGCUAACAAUGUCAGGGGCAUUGCCAGAGGCCAUUUCUAUCCUUUCUGCAGCCAUGUUGCCUAAAAGUCCAUCUUUUGUAAAAAAGCCAGAGUUUUCCCAGGAGGUGGUUGAUUUGCUUCGCUUGCGAAGUGACGGCAGGCCGCAUAUGAUAAAAGCGGAGCAGGUAGUGACUCAGCUUGAACGAGCCGGUCAGGUGACUCAGCAAACCCUCGAUGAUAUGCUGUGCCACACGCCCACAGGAAAGAGGAAACCAGCGCCAAUAAGACAGGAGAGGAGAACUAGUCAGAGAACUCUGAAGCCUCUACAGUCCACUCUACUGUCAGAGUGAUGCCAGAGUUGGCCAUGUGUACACUCUGACAUUGUCCGCAGUUGACUUUGAUGCUAUAAAUGCACUAAUAUGAUAUUUAAGGGCCUUUAACAGCAGCCCAUUAAUACUUGCUUGUCAUUGCCAAUGCAGAUACUUACAGAUGCAAAAUGUUUCAAAGGAAAGUUUAUUUUUUUUAACCAUUAACAUAGCCUAAACCAUCUCACAAUAAAAAACACAUUUCAUAAUUUUAUGUUAAAUCUGUAAACUAAAAAAAAUUCUGUAUCUGUACAUACUGUUAGGCUAAUGAAUUAUUUAAAGCUACAAAACACCACUGAUUUGAAAAGGUAGGUUACCACCUUUAAUGCUGAAGCGUGUGACAGUCCUGCGUCAUAUUUGUUACCUACCUACCGUCUUGCAUGUCUAUUUUUGUCCAAUUUUAUCUACCUCUCAUUUAGCACAAACACAGUAAUCUCUCUGCAGGCAGUAUUGUCUUCCCUGUGUUCCAACAGAAAGCUACUAAAUCACAAACAGUGGCAUCUUCUAAAUGGGGAUAGAUUUCAUUGUCAGGUACUCGUUUGGAGGGUUUUUUUUUUUGG